AUGGUCCCUUUAGAAGGAAGUCGUGGAGAAGGAUUUUCGACGUUUCAUUCACCCUUCAAUAAUGUCAGGGAAACUUGCUUGGGCAAGUUUCUCGACUGUUCUGGGCCUCUUACCAAGGCUGCUAAACCUAAGCCGAUCGAUACGUAUCUACAACACGAUACACUGGACGUCGUUAUUGAAACUAUAACAGCGAUCAUAGACAGAGAUGUCACUGUACAAUCCUCGUCUUCCCGAUUAUAUGGUGAGGCCCAUCAGCGCAUUCACUCUCAUGCCACACGCUCAGCUUAUAACUCAUCGUUUGCAAGCACCGUAGUGAAGAAAGAAGAAGAUGGCAUCAACGAUUGGAAGGUGCAGUCGAAAUUCAGUGUCCCUGCAGUUGUCACGAAUGCACUUUCGUUUCCAUACGCUGCACCGUACCCGUCUAUUCAGAACAUUGUGGCUACAGUAGACUUAGGUCAACGCAUAGAUCUGAAGAAGUUGACGCUCCAUUCAAGGAACACUGAGUAUAACCCAAAAAGAUUCUCAGCGGUUAUUAUGCGAAUUCGUGAACCUCGAACAACGGCCCUCAUUUUCUCUUCGGGUAAAAUGGUCACAACUGGGGCUAAGUCCGAGUCAGCUAGCAGGCAGGCUUCUCGCAAAUUUGCCCGUAUUGUUCAGAAAGUUGGCUUCAACGUGAAAUUCGCAGAUUUCAAGAUUCAAAAUGUGGUCGGAUCAUGUGACGUACGCUUUGCAAUUCAACUGGAAGGCCUGUGCAUAAUGCACGCUCAAUUCAGCACCUAUGAGCCAGAACUGUUUCCCGGCUUGAUAUAUCGUAUGGUACACCCGAGGGUGGUGCUACUCAUCUUCGUGUCCGGCAAGGUGGUGAUCACAGGAGCUCGGCAUCAGGAUGACAUUGAUCAGGCGUUCAAUCACAUUUAUCCGAUCCUCAAAAGAUUCAGAAAGUAG